AUGCAGCUUCUUGAACCUGUUCAAGAAGCCGAAUCAUGGGAUAUCAUAAUCGGAGCAUCACGCGAGCUUGAACUUACACAUCCGAUAUAUACUUUUUAUUUGUAUUCUGGUCAGCGGUGCCGAGUUAGCAAGCUCACAAACAAGCAUCAACAUUUGUUCCCAUCUUUCAUCCGUUACCAAUCACUAUCCGGUACUGGCGAAGAGAUGUCACGACUUUCCCAAGAGUGGUCUGAUACCACAUCUCCUUGUGUAUCCUGUAUCUACCUUUUCCCGCGAGCAGCUAAUGUCAUAUCUCCCAUGUGCAAUGAAAGUUUCGGAGCCGGAAGCUCGUGGCCAGACGCGGACACGGUUAUGUACCUGUGCCAGAAGAGGAUCUUGAUCUACGACGAGUGCAAGAUCAACGACGGGUUCAACUACGACAACGUCAAGAGGUGGACAUCGGAGGCUCCGGUCUCGACGCUGGGCAGGACCGGCUACUUGUCCCAGACCGCGUUUAAAAUCUCGAAUCGCGUCCCGCAUAACGGGAAGGCCGCCAUCAGCAACAGCAUCAGGAGGAGGUUGACGAUCUACCACGUGAAGAAGCAGCUGACCAAGUUCAAGCCCGUGGACCCGCCGGAGAUCACCACCUCGGUCAUUCUCAAGUUCGUGUCCCUGUGCGUGUCUGUAGCCAACGCCUACGAUGAGGCCCCCACCUCGCUGGCGACAGUCCUGUACACGCUCUUCCGCACGAACGUCAACAAGAUUAUGGCUGGUCUCGUGUACGACGUCGGGGCGAGCAGGUUGGAGUGUGUCCCUGCCACAGCCGCUAUGGCAAUCAGAUGCGGGGUCACGCCCAAGAAGUUGUGCUCGGCGUUCAGCGCCAAGUCGUCCAGGCUGGUAACCUACCCAGAACCCGGGCAGCCAGACCUCGGAGAAGAAAGGUACCGGAAGCCGUAUAGGGACGUAAUCGAGCACCGGGACUGGAUCGACAAGAUGUUGGAGACUCGGCAACGCGGCCUACUGCGAGGACCUCGACAAGACCACGUUCAUAUCCAUGCUCUCAAAUUACACCAGGAACUCGACUGCGCUUAUCAUCCUGAGCUACGUUAUGGACGACAAGGUGCGCAAGAUCGAGUCCCACGACGUAGACGGGUGGUACGGCCUGAGCCACACCCCAACGAGAUCGUCUAUAGCAGCCUGAAGGUCAACGCCAUGUUCUACACGCGCUAUAUACGGAUGGGGUCUACGCCCUUGGGCUCGAUCAGAAGCGCAUACGUGAAGGCGACCUCGCACUACACCAUGAACCUCAACGCGAAUGCGAAGCGCGGCCAGCUCAAGAAGUCGCCCUCGAACAGUCUGAUAAAGGGGAUCAAGGUUGAAGACGUGGAAGAGGUCAUCACCGCCAUCGUGGACGUGAACACGGACCCGUACGAGGUCAAGACCUUGGUCACCUACACCUUCCACCACUCGAACGACGACUGGAUCAUGCCUCAAUACCCCGAAGACGAGCUCACUAUUCGAUUCGGGUACAUGGUCAACAACUCGCCCUUUAUCUCGACCGGGUUCUUGUACGACAUCAAGUCCGCGGAUGAGCACACAGCCAGCCCCACCAUCACCCCCGUGAAGCAGACCGUGCCCAAUGAGAGCAGGUUCGACAAGCCGAGGAACAAGCAGCCGAUCACAAACCCCGUCGCCACUCCCUUCACCAACAGGACCGAUAACCCAACCGUCACCCCCAGCAAGCCCGGCUUCACAACCAACUACCUGGCUACAAUCACCAGCGCGAUCCCGAACCGCGUCCCCAGUCCAGCUCUGAUUCAUCCUCCAAUUACGUCCCAGCACAUGGGCGGAGUCAUGCCCAGCAACGCGAGCGGGACGGCCUUCGAGGUCCAGGAUACGAACAUCGGCUCGAGCGCCAACAAGCCCGAAUGGACGACUGAGCCGCUGCAGACCAUUCAGCAUCUUACCAGAAUAAGGAUCAAGCUCCGCAGAAUCAGUCACGACUUCGCACGCAUUGGCUUACCCAAGCUCUCGAUCGCGCCCAUCUUCGAGAUCCUGAGGGAAUCUAUGCCCGCGGUCCUAGAAGAAAUCUCCAUCACCAACGGGUACACCCACAAGCUGUACGAGGCGAUGAAGAUCAUCUCGGGCAUGAGCUCGUUGGCGAUGGCUGUAGUCGUGAUCUCGGUUGCCAGCGAGUCUGAGAUGGAGAACGGGAAAGUAGUGCCGACCCAGGGCAAGUACGAGCUCAGCGUCAAGAUCCAUAACGUGUUCCACAUCAGGCGCGUGAGCUACCACAACCCAAAGCAGUCGUCCUCAACUGGGUUCGAGGUCCCAGACAACAUCUUCACCGAAGCUGAGGCCCUGCACCCAAUCUCAAACGUCACCUCAAUGUUGGGCGCAACUUCGAGCGCAUUUGCAGGCAGAAGCACCGACCCGUUCUCGAGCUUCAACGCGGCCCUCGACAUGAACUCAGACAUCGUGAAGCAGAACCUAAUCAUCGACUGGAUUAUAAUCGGAAUCUGGACGUGUUCGUCAUCGAGAUCAGAACUGGGCUCCGAGCCGUACCCGAUCACGUACGCCGGCAUGUACUUGUCCGCAGUUGAGAAGGUGAAGGCGAUACCAGAGAGGAAGAAAGACAUCAUUAACAUCUCGAAGGUGAACACUGUCCAGGCCACCAUUGGGAACCAGUGCAUGGACGCGACCUUGAAGAUGAUGUCGAAUCUUAACACGAUCUCAGACUCAGACUCGUACCCAGAUGUGUACAGGGCCACGAUGAUGGUCGCGAACUUGGCUCUACUCAGACACGUGUGCGUCAGAAUCAGCCCACAUGAGAACAGGAUCUUGCCGGCGUUCGCCACUGCGCUCGCAUACUCGCCAAGGCUUUGCAUCGGAUGCACGCCCUCGGUGCAGGUCAUGAGCCAGAUCAUAUCCAUGAGCGCAAUCAAGGUCAAGAGGUUUGUAUAUGUGCUUGGAGGCGGGCGUGGCCUUCGUCAACUCCUUCCCCGUGAUUACCAACGCAGUGUCGAAGAAGCGCUUGAGCUUGUCCCUCUUCUCGGAGUGGUCACGGACAUCGUUAUGAUACACAGUGCGCAUGGGUUUCGGAUCACCGUUAUCUCUAUGGGCGCCAACGCCGACAAGUCGAUAGACGACGCCACCAGCUUGUACCCGGAUAUGAACAAGCACAUGAGGCUGACCAAAACCAUAAACCCCGCCACAAUGUCGCGCAUGAACGUGAGCAAGAGCGAGUCCCACAGCCCGAUCGACGACAAGAUCACGAUCAGAGAGUCGCACCUCGACACGAUAGUGAAUAGGAGUAGGUACAUAACUGCGGUCACUGGCUUCAACUGGGUCACGUACCCCAACUCGGUCUUGGACCAGUUUAUCGGCCUGGGGGCGGUCGGAUCCGCAGUCGAAGCACUCGUUGAUCAGGCACCUGACCAGCUUCUCAAUCGGUUCGUGGUCUCGACCGGGAGCCUGUACAACAAGAUGAGUGACUACGAUCUCCAGUAUAUGAUGGAGGGUAUGGACGUGAACGAGAGCGUGACCAACCGCACGCCCAUUAGCAGCAGCACGAACAAGUUCUACUCCGAGACCAUGCCUGAGUCCACCAGUGCGCAGCGAAGCGUGCCCGUAAAUCCGUUCAUACAGGCAAUCGAGAGCACACAGACAAGCUCCAACAACAACCCAAAUAGGAACAGCCCCUACAUGUUUCCGCAGAGGAGUCAGCUCGGGCAGUUGCUCGACCUCACGGGCAAGGGCGUGUCCCAGCAGGUAAUCGUCGUCGACAACAUCAACCAGAGGUGCAAUGAACUCAUGAUGACGAUAAAGCAGAUGGGGGCGGACAUGAUUGAGAUUGUGAAGAGGCAGACGUUCAUCUCCGACCGCUUGAAGAUAGACAACCGCAUCACCGAGGAGGCGUCCGCAGAAGCCAAUAAGCAUCUAGAAUUGAGAUCCGUCUUAUGA